AUGGCUUCCCGCGACUCUCGCGUUAAAGAUCCAUUGUACUGUCGCAAGGAGAAAUCUCUCGGCCUCUUAUGCACCAACUUCCUGAGGUUGUACAAUCGCGAUGGUGUAGAGUCGAUUGGGUUGGACGAUGCCGCUUCUCAGUUAGGUGUUGAACGGCGAAGAAUAUAUGAUAUUAUAAAUAUAUUGGAGAGCCUCUGGGUUUUGGAGAGGAAGGGUAAGAGUCAGUACACUUGGAAAGGUUUUGGCACUAUACCUGAAGCUUUGAAGUUCCUUAAGGAUCAGGGAGUGAAAGAGGAGUUUGGUGCCCAUAUUUCUGAUGUCCCAAACAAGGAAGAAUGUGGACAAUCUCAGUCAAAGACUGACGGGCAAGACAGAUAUCCUGAAUCAGACAAAGGUGAACACAAGAGGGAAAAAUCAUUGGCUCUGCUGGCUCAGAAUUUUGUGAAGCUUUUCCUUUGUUCUGAUGUGGAUUUAAUAUCACUCGAUCGUGCUUCAUUAGCUUUGCUAGGGAAUGUUCAUGACCCAAAGGCUAUGAGAACAAAGGUCAGGCGCUUGUAUGAUAUUGCAAAUGUGUUUUCAUCAAUGGGACUUCUUGAAAAGACCCGUGAUCGUGAUAGUGGAAAACCAGCAUUUCAGUGGAUAGGCAUGGGAAGAGACCGUGCAUAUGGAUCUUCUAUUUCACUUGAUGUUAAGAAUCCCAAAAAGAGAGAAUUUGGGAACGACAUCACGAAUACAUUGGUUAAAAGAAGCAAUACUAACGCCUCGUUUGCCUGGAAAUUGAAUGAUUCAGUCAAUAAGGAGAACUGUUCGAAAGACAAACACAAACUAAAAGGUGCAAAUGAUGGUUCAUCAACCGAGCAACUCCAGAAAAAUAGCCAAAAGAAUUUUGUGUUUGGUCCCUUCACUCCAAAUGCAACCACCUCAGCAGAUCAAGGAACCAGAAAUAGCGGGCAGAUUCAAAACCAAGAGAGUCUCCCUUUUGCUUCUCAACCUAAGUAUUCAAAUCAAGCCAUUUAUGAGCUUUUCCAACAUUAUGCUGAAGCUUGGAAAACCUGGCAUCAUGUCGAAGCUGAGAAUAAGCAGGAGACGAACCCUGGUCCGGGUUCAUAA